ACAUAUUCUUUUAUCUAUUAAAAAAUGUGCAUAUCACACUUGAUAUGUAUAUUUUUCCAAAGAUAAACGGCUUGUGUUGCGUAAUUGUUUCAAUGAUGUCUGCCUUUCAUAAAGAAUAUCUCCAUAUAUGUGUAAAUUAAAUUGUUAAUAAAAGAUUGUUAAUUCAUUAUUAUAAUAUUUGUGUUUCUACAAGAAUAUUAAUAAGCUGUACAUGGUAGCACGCAUAAGGAUUUUGCUUUUAUAAAAUGUGGGCACUUGCUGUGAUAUCAUUUCCUUAGUAAAUUUUUUAUAUCAUUCGACUAAAAGUGCAAUUCAGUUUAUACCUUACUCAUUUUAACAAUGGCGAAAGUAGAAGAGUUCUUUAACAAUGUUAAAAGGAUACUGUUAAGGAUUUAUAAAUAUUUUCUACAAUAUAUCCGUAAAUGGUCCUGUGUAAAAUGGGAUAAUAAAAUAGUUGAAAAUAUGUACCUACGUCAAGCUCCAUUAACGAAGAGCCAUGAGCAAAUAAGAGUUCUAACUUUGAAUCAUGGAGAACAUCUAGAUGGGAUAUUAUAUAGAUUGAAGAAAGGAUGGAAGGUUGAGUUUAGGCUUGGGGCUUCCCUUCUGGGGAAGUCGCUUAGUGUUUUCACAAACCAUCCAUUGUCGGCUGAUAAACAAUUCGAGAGGCAUACUUACUAUCAAUUGCAAUGGGUUGACGAAUCGGCGAGCAUACAUUUAACUUUACCUGGUUCAUUCCAUUAUUAUGUCACUGAUCAAGUCGUAGGGAAUAUAAAAUUUGUCGCAUCUGGAUACUUGCUGGUGGACCCCGAAUUGAAAAUUGGUGAAAAUGGGAAGAAUCUACCGUUGGAUUGCAUCCAAGUUCAAACAGUUUUGGCAAAGUGUUUAGGACCUUUUUCUACGUGGGAAGAUAAAUUACUGGUGGCACGAAAUUCUGGAUACAACACGAUUCACUUUACACCAAUACAGGAAUUAGGAAACUCUAAGUCGUCCUACAGCUUGAAGAAUCAAACAAAACUCAAUCCUAUUUUUAACGAGGACGACAAAUUGAUCACAUAUCAGGACAUUGAGAAUUUUGUAAAUAAAAUGCGAACUGAAUGGGAGGUGUUGAGCAUCUGCGAUAUUGUCCUGAAUCAUACAGCGAACGAGAGUCCUUUUCUGGUUUCUCAUCCAGAGAUCACGUACAAUUGCAUCAAUAGUCCUCAUUUGCGUCCGGCAUAUCUUCUGGAUGCAGUGCUGUUGGAAUUGACAACACAAGUGGCUGCUGGCGAGUGGGAAUUCAAAGGCAUUCCCGUUGUAGUUGAGACUGAAGAUCAUCUGAAUGCAAUUCGUCAUGCUCUGCACACACAUUUCUUGCCUCUCGUGAAAAUACACGAGAUGUACACCGUCGAUGUCAACGAAAUUAUAACGGGGUUCUUGAGCUUGGCGCGCGACGGAGUGCCACAAGAAGUGAACAAUACGACAGCCGAAAAUAUUUCAGUGAUUCAAGAUCCCGACUUUCGUAAAUUGAAGUCAACCAUAAAUAUGCAGCUUGCGCUGAAGAAAUAUAAUACGUACAGGGCUGAUUGUUUCGAUGAGGAGACUCGCUUGAAGCGGUGUGCGGAGGACUUGAAGAAUAAAUUGCAAGAACUCAACGAAGCGAUUACCAACGACGUGCAAAAUCAUCUAAAUGCUGCCGUUGAAAAUUCCAUUGCUGGCAUACGAUACUUCCGGGUGCAAUCAGAUGGACCGAGAAUUAAGGACGUCAGCGAAAAGAAUCCUCUUGUUCCCAGAUAUUUCACUGAUUCCGGAGCGGCCUGCUCUUUACGGGACCGAGAAAAUACGAUGUACUCGGAUAACGCGUGUUAUCUCAUGGCUCACAAUGGCUGGGUGAUGAAUGGCGAUCCUUUGAAGAACUUUGCGGAGCCCGAUUCUAACGUCUACAUUCGAAGAGAACUCAUCGCGUGGGGAGAUAGCGUAAAACUCAGAUAUGGGCAGAAACCAGAAGAUUGUCCUUUCUUGUGGCAGCACAUGGCGACUUACGUGGAGCAAACGGCGCAGAUAUUCGACGGCGUCCGAUUAGACAAUUGUCAUUCCACACCGAUCCCCGUCGCUGAGUACAUGCUUGAUGUUGCACGACGAGUCCGUCCGAAUCUCUAUGUUGUUGCAGAAUUGUUCACCAACUCCGAUCAGAAAGAUAACAUUUUUGUCAAUCGUCUCGGCAUUACUUCUUUAAUCAGAGAAGCAAUGUCCGCAUGGGACAGCCACGAGGAAGGGCGACUGGUGUAUCGAUACGGAGGUGAACCAGUUGGAGCAUUCAUGCAGCCACGAAAACGGCCGUUAGCACCGAGCAUAGCUCACGCUUUGUUCCUGGAUGUGACCCACGAUAAUCCUAGUCCGGUGGAGAAACGAAGUACCUUCGAUUUACUCCCGAGCGCCGCGCUUGUAUCCAUGGCGUGCUGUGCCAGCGGCAGCAAUCGCGGUUACGACGAAUUAGUGCCUCACCAUAUACAUGUAGUGGACGAGGAAAGACAAUAUACCUUGUGGACAAAUGACGACGAUUUGGUCGACGACGUUAAGUUUGUUAACUUCAAGACUGGUAUAAUUGCAGCUAAAAAGGCGUUGAACGACCUACACUACACGCUUGGCCAGCAGGAAUUUUCACAGGUAUUCGUUGAUCAGAUGGACAGCGACAUAGUGGCUAUAACGAGACACUCGCCGACCAGUCACGAGAGCGUAGUUCUCGUUGCGUUCACGGCGUUCAACCAUCCGGAUUCCAACGCUCACGAUCUGAGAAGACACGUAAGACCCUUGCGAGUGGAGGGCGUGGUGGAGGAAAUUAUCUUGGAAGCGUCGUUCACACACGUCGAUGCAAAAAAUGGCAUAUCACCUUUCUCCUUACCUCAGAAGUUUGCCGAGGACGAAAGUUUCAUAAAUGGAUUGGCCGAGUACACGUUAGAUCUCAAACAGCACAUACAAUGCUGCGAUUCUACGAUAGUCGAGAAGGUCGAUUCCGGCGACCCCAAGAUCACGCAGCUCAAUUUCGUGAAUUUCCAACCCGGCUCUGUUAUUGCCAUACGAGUGGCCCUCCACGCGAAUAUAAAACCCGCUUUGCUGAAGCUACAAGAUACUAUUUCGCAGAUCACUUCGGGCGAGAAGUCAAGUUUACACGACGCAAUUUUCCGUUUGGACUUCUCAGAUUUGAACAAAGCUUUGUAUAGAUGUGACGCGGAGGAACGAGAGGAAACAUCGAACAAAUUUGGAGUCUAUGACGUACCGGGAUACGGGCCUUUGGUAUACGCCGGAUUGCAAGGUAUAAUAUCCGUAUUGGCUGACAUUCGUUCGAAUAACGAUCUGGGACAUCCUUUGUGUGCCAAUCUUAGACAGGGCAACUGGCUGAUAGAUUACGUGUGGCAACGUUUGAACGAAGAUGACGGCACUAAACCCCUUGCGACGUGGCUUGAGCAAGCAACGGAACCGUUGAAAAUAAUCCCGAGAUAUUUAGUGCCGAGUUACUUCGAUGUCAUCGUCACGAAUGUUUAUACAAAUCUCCUCGAUCAUUGCUACAGUUUAAUGUCGAACUUUGUGAAAGAUGGAACUACAUUCGUAAAAUUACUGAGUCUGGUCUCGGUACAAGUGGGCGGUGUAGUGAGAUCGGCGCAGUUGCCAGAUUUGUCGCCGAGUCUCAAUCCACCUAAGCCAAAGAUUAAAGUCUGCGACGGAGAAAACAAGCAAGUGUGUUUAACGCUAUCGGCGGGUCUGCCACAUUUCACGACAGGUUACAUGAGAAACUGGGGUAGAGAUACUUUCAUCGCUCUGAGAGGAUUGUUGUUCCUAACGGACAGAUACGACGAAGCAAGAUUCAUAAUUCUUGGAUUUGCCGGAACCCUGCGACACGGCCUGAUACCCAAUUUACUCGAUAAAGGAGGCAAUGCGAGAUACAAUUGCCGUGACGCUGUAUGGUGGUGGCUCUACACCAUAAAAUGUUACGUCGAGGAAGCCCCGAACGGUUUGAACAUCCUGUCCGAUAAAGUCUCAAGAUUGUUCCCGACCGACGAUUCGCCAGCUCUGCCAGCUGGAGAACACGAUCAACCAUUGCACGAGGUGAUCCAGGAAGCUCUCACGGUACACUUCCAAGGUCUCUGCUUCCGAGAGAGAAACGCCGGGAAACAAAUCGACGAGCACAUGACCGAGCGCGGGUUCAACAAUCAAAUCGGCGUUCACCCGGAAACCGGCUUCGUAUUCGGCGGCAACGACGCCAACUGCGGCACCUGGAUGGACAAGAUGGGAUCCUCUGAGAAAGCCGGCAACAAGGGCAAGCCAGCCACGCCCAGAGACGGCUCCGCCGUGGAGAUAGUCGGGCUGAGCAAGUGCAUCCUCAGCUUUCUCGCCGAAUUGUACAAGCAAAAUCUCUUCCCGCACGGCAGCGUUCAGCGUAAAAGUCGCGACGGACAAACGAUAACCUGGAGUUAUAUGCAGUGGGCUGACAAAAUUCAGACAAACUUCGAGAAAUACUUUUACGUGAAUGAGGUCGCCACGAAAGACGAGUUGAGGCCUGAUUUGAUCCACCGGCGAGGUAUAAUCAAGGAUAGUCACGGAGCGUCGCAGGAAUGGGCGGAUUAUCAAUUGCGGCCUAACUUCUCCAUUGCUAUGGUUGCUGCUCCGGAAUUGUUCGAUCCUCAUCACGCUUGGACUGCGUUGAAAAAAGCGGAAGAGAUACUGCUAGGCCCGCUAGGAAUGAAGACGUUGGACCCUGCAGAUUGGGCGUACAACGGUGACUAUGAUAAUUCCAACGACAGCACCGAUACGAAACUAGCACAGGGAUGGAAUUAUCAUCAGGGGCCUGAAUGGAUUUGGCCGAUAGGAUUCUUCCUGCGAGCUCGUUUGCACUUUGCACCAUUAAUCGGCAAGAAGGACGAAUUGCGCCGUGUAGUCGAAUCGACCGAAGCUAUUAUUUCACGGCACUUCAUCGAAGCGUCUACUAAUCACUGGAGAGGCCUACCCGAGCUUACUAACAAAGACGGAAAUUAUUGCAGGGAUAGCUGUCGCACCCAAGCGUGGAGCGCUUCGGUUAUCUUAGAGGUACUCCACGACCUGCGGAAGAUCAAACGAGAGUUACGUGCCGAGCAAAUAAAGUCUGAGAAUUGAUAUCACUUUGCGUGUGUUCACCACCG